CUGCGCCCGCCGAGCCAUGGCGGCCCCGGAGCCCGCGCCGGGCUCCAGGCGGGGCCGCGAGCGGGAGCGGGAGCGGGAGGACGAGAGCGAGGACGAGAGCGACAUCCUGGAGGAGAGCCCGUGCGGGCGCUGGCAGAAGCGGCGCGAGCAGGUGAACCAGGGCAACAUGCCUGGUGUCCAGAGCACUUUCCUGGCCAUGGACACGGAGGAGGGAGUGGAAGUGGUGUGGAACGAGCUGCGUUUCGGGGACAGGAAGGCCUUCGCUGCCCACGAGGAGAAGAUCCAGACCAUGUUUGAGCAGUUGGUUCUGGUGGAUCACCCCAACAUCGUCAAACUGCACAAGUACUGGCUGGACACCUCCGAGGCCCGAGCCAGGGUCAUCUUCAUUACCGAGUACGUGUCCUCGGGAAGCCUCAAACAGUUUCUCAAAAAGACCAAGAAGAACCAUAAGGCCAUGAACGCCCGGGCCUGGAAACGCUGGUGCACACAGAUCCUGUCUGCGCUCAGCUUUCUGCACGCCUGCAGCCCUCCCAUCAUCCAUGGGAACUUGACCAGUGACACUAUCUUCAUCCAACACAACGGCCUCAUCAAAAUUGGCUCUGUGUGGCAUCGCAUCUUCUCCAAUGCACUUCCCGACGACCUCCGGAGCCCCAUCCUGGCUGAGCAGGAGGAGCAGCGGAACUUGCAUUUCUUCCCCCCGGAAUACGGUGAGGUGGCGGACAGGACCGCAGUCGACAUCUUCUCUUUUGGGAUGUGCGCCUUGGAGAUGGCUGUCCUGGAGAUCCAGGCCAAUGGAGACACGCGGGUGACUGAGGAGGCCAUUGCCCGAGCCAGGCACUCGCUGAGUGAUGCCAACAUGCGGGAAUUCAUCCUCUCCUGCCUGGCUCGAGACCCCGGACAUCGACCUUCCGCUCACAACCUUCUCUUCCACCGGGUGCUGUUUGAGGUCCACUCACUGAAGCUUCUGGCUGCCCACUGCUUCAUCCAGCACCAGUACCUCAUGCCUGAGAACGUGGUAGAAGAGAAGACCAAGGCUAUGGACCUGCAUGCCGUCCUGGCAGAAAUCCCGAGGCCUCCUCAGCCUCCGAUGCAGUGGCGGUACUCUGAGGUGUCCUUCCUGGAGCUGGACAAGUUCCUGGAGGAUGUCAGAAACGGGAUCUACCCACUGAUGAACUUUGCGGACGCCCGUCCCCUGGGGCUGCCCCGCGUGUUGGCCCCGCCACCAGAGGAGGCCCAGAAAGCCAAGACCCCGACGCCAGAGCCUUUUGACUCCGAGACCAGGAAGGUGAUCCACAUGCAGUGUAAUCUGGAGAGAAGCGAGGACAAGGCACGCUGGCAUCUCACUCUGCUCCUAGUGCUGGAGGACCGGCUGCAUCGGCAGCUCACCUAUGACCUGCUCCCAACCGACAGUGCCCAGGACCUGGCUGCUGAGCUUGUGCACUACGGCUUCCUCCAUGAGGACGACCGGACCAAACUGGCCGCGUUCCUGGAGAGCACCUUCCUCAAGUACCGGGGAACUCAGCCCUGAUCAUGCCGGUGGCAAUCCUGGCCAACCUCUGGCACGCUUUGCUUUAACAGAGGCAGGGCCAGGGGACACGACAGGGCUGCCUGGGAAUGCCAGUGAGGAGGCUCUGCUGCCCACAGCUUCCACGGAGGCCAGGGUGUUGCAGAGGACCAUUGGUCUGGGCAAAGUAUCAGACUCCACCUGUCCUCUGGCCUGGAUUCCUGUUCCUGGCCUGGCUCGAAUCCUACAACCUUCCACCCCUCCCACGGUCUCCGCGUCCUCAGAGACCCUCUCCCACACUCUUCCAGCUGAGCCCUGAGUGAGUGGCUGUCCCGCCUGCUCAGGUGUCCCCCACCCCCACCCCCCACUUCAGGUGUCUCUUGCCUCUAAAGAGUUGCUGCAAGCUUAGCUUUGUGGAUGCCUGAAUCGAGUCCGGCACAGGCCUCACCAGACUAAAAUCUAGGUGUUGGCUUCUCCUCCUUGGAGAGGUUCUAGGGGAGUACCAACCCCUUGGUCAACAGGCUUGAGCACGCAUUGCACGUAAGUGGGGUCCCCAUUUUCAAAGGCUGUUUCUCAGUCUUGGCUCACGGCCCCCUCUCUCUUCCUCAAGGUCUGCACUGACAGACAGACCAGGUCUCCCUUCUUGAUACCUGUUUGGUUUUGUGUGUCCAGAGAAGUAUCCCGGGAUCAUGUUGAUUCUUUCAGGGAAAUCUCUUCUUGCACUUCCUAAUCGUCUGCGGGAUCCCUUUGCCCUGUACAGUGACAGUUGCCGGGUUCCAGGGUACAGACAUCAUGCCAUCUCCCAUCUCACUUUCCUAAAACAAACAAACAAAGCAAUGCCUAUCAAAUACCUUUAAUAUCCAAACUCACAGCUGCAGUUACCUGAGACAUUCCAGCACUACGGUAUAUAUAGUUCAGGUACUCGGGCCUUCCAAGGGAGAUGACAAGUCUGGAAUAACAUGCGUGUUCCUGCUGGAAACCCUAAUGCUUGGAUGUCUGGCUCAGCUUCGUCUUAAAUGGUUCAAGUGACAACAGCACUACAGGUUGUGAUUACACUAAACUUGAAAAUGUCCGCCCUGCAUGGCAUCUUUUCGUCAUGCCUGUGUCGGAUUUUUCAUUCUAACUCGUACUUUGCAAAGUCCACGACUUAAAUAGAUCUAUGCUUUAUAUGUAGACACACAUACUACAUCAAGAGUGGAAGGGGAAACAGAAGCAGUACAGGAGUUAAGAGCCUUGCCUUGCAUGUGUUCAACCUGGGCUUGAUCCUUAGCAUGGCCUAUGGUUCCCUGAACCCUGCCAAGAGUGAUCCGUAAACACAGAGCCAUGUGGCAGGCCCGAGCACAGCCAAGUAUGGCCGCCAAAAAAAAAAAAAAAAAUACAUUGGUAUGGAUGGGUAAAGAAAAGGCUCAGAAGGCUGAAGCAUACAUUUUACAUGCAGGAGAACAGAGAUGGAUCCAUAUAUUCCCGAGUACUGCCAGAAGCAGCCCCGUGCUACAAAACUAGGAGUAGCCCCAAACAUCACACCCUCAGACCCUGCCAAAAAUAAAAAAAGCAGAAUGUGCUUUGGAAGCCAACAAUAAAUGAAUAAUGCAUGCA